AUGGGUUACCUGCACAUGCACGAUUCUCCAGGAGGUACUGGGAAAACAUUUGUAGUUAAACUCCUCCUGGCUAAAGUUCAAGAAAAUAAAAUAGCUUUAGCUACUGUUACUUCUGGGAUUGCAGCAACGUUACUACCUGGAGGUCUGACUGCCCAUUCAACAUUCAAUUUACCUUUAGAUUUAUCUAACAAAGAAGAUCCAGUUUGUAAUAUAUCUAAAAAUUCUGGAAUGGGUGAACUAAUACAAAGAUGUCACUUAAUUGUCUGGGACGAAUGUACCAUGGCCCACAAAAUAACUUUUGAAGCUGUGGACAGAACAUUACGAGACAUUAGAAAUUGUAAUUCCAUGAUGGGAAAUGCCACAGCAUUAUUGUCUGGAGACUUCCGACAAACACUACCAGUUGUUCCAAGAGGAAUACAAAUGGAUGAGCUCAAUGCUUCAAUAAAGUCUUCUGUAUUAUGGCACCAUGUGAAAACACUUCAACUUUCGACAAAUAUGAGAUCAAGGCUUUCAAGAGAUCAAUCAGGUGAACUAUUUGCAGAACAGCUUUUGAAACUCGGUGAAGGGAGAGUUGCAAAUGAUGAAGAACAGUUUCUUUCACUCAAUCCAAUAUGUAAUUCAGCUGAUUCCGUCGAAGAUUUGGUGGCUGAAAUCUUUCCUAAUCUUCUUCAUAAUUACAAUACAGAUUGGAUCUGUGAGCGAGCUAUCCCGGCUUCAAAAAAUGUUGCUGUAAAUGGCAUUAAUAUUAUGGUAUUGAAUAAACUUCUAGGAGAAGUAUUCACUUAUAACUCAAUUGACAGUGUUGUUGAUGAUAAGGAUAGUGUUAACUAUCUCCCAUCGAAUUUUUCAACUCACUAG